UUAAACUCCUGUUAUUAAAUUCUUAGAGCUUGAGAUUUACGAACAACUUGAGAUUGGCUCGAGAUAAUAUUUUUUAACAAAGAUCCUCAAAAUGAAUAUGUCGCUGCAUUAUUCGCUUUUGAAGCUUACCUAGAGGAUAAAAUAAGGAUUACAAUAGAAAACCAUGGAGGUCUCUCAGUCCAAACUCCAGGCUGGUGCAGCGCACAAUUGAGUUGAAUUAUGCAAAUAAAAAACGCUCAUCAUCAUUCAAAUGGAUCAUUGUGAAUGCAGUAUUUUUAGUUAUAUUUGUAUAUGAUUUGUCUUGCAAGUGCCCAGGAUGUGAAUCUGUGAUGCACUAUGUGGAGCUGGGUUGUGCAUGUGUCCUGGCAGCUAAUCUGCUGCAGUAUGCCGUGCGCCUGACACCCAGCAGAGCACCCCGCCUGGCUCUCUCUCCCACGCAACAGAAACUGCUCGGUCUUUCCAACACUGAACUUGAUUCCUCAUUCAUCUUGGCGGAGCCCAGUAGUGGUCAUGUCAGCAAAGACAACAACGACAGCAGCAAUGACGACGGGCUGAUGCUGUGGCCACGUUAUGCGGCGCCCAGCACGCCGCAGACCACCCCUCCGCGCACCUCCGCCCCCUCAUCCCCACUAGCAGCUCGCUCAUCCCCACGCACUGGUCACUCAUCCUCGUUCGGCGGCCACUCGUCCUCAUUCGCCGCCCAAUCAUCUCCGUUCGCCUCCCACUCAUCUCCAUUUGCCGCUAGCUCAUCCCCGUAUGCCGCUAGCUCGUCCCCAUCCGCCGGCCGCUCAUCCCCGCUCGCCGCACACUCGUCACCACUCAUCCACGACGAAGAAGCGCUAGCUCAAUAUCUGGAGCGCUGCGCGGCGAGCGGCGGCGGGCCCCCGCCCGUGUACCAGCUGGCAGCUGUUGAAAGUGGUGGCGGCAAGUUAGAGGAGAGCUCCCCGCCGGGCUCGCCGAGCGCUUGGUGGCGCCUCGACCUGGACCCGCAGCGCCUCACGCAGUGGAACCUCAACCUGCGGCUGUGGAUCCACCUGACGAUCCUGGAGCGACUGACGCGAGAGCUGCGUUCCACGGACGAGUCCCUAGCGAGGCUGGCGCUGUGCGAGGCGGGUGCUCUGCGCGGCGGCCGCGUGCCGACUGCGCGCCUGCGAGCUCUAGCCGCGCACGUUCCAGCACUAUCAGCACUCGUCCCCUUCCUCGAGCCGUUCGCUGACCAACGUUACCUGCUCAAACGCAUCGGGGAACUAGCGCAAGGCGGUUGUCUAAGCGCGUACCGUUGGUCGAGCGGUGGCGAAGGCUGGGACGCGGCGCGGCCGACCGACGCUGAGUUGCUAAUGCAUUUGGUUGCUGCGUACCUCGAUGGGCAGUUGCCGGGCGGCGCAACGGUGCGUCCGUUCAGCGAUGAGUAUUUGGUGGAGGGUGCGGCUACGUCCGGACGCAGGUUGGCUAUAGCGCGGCUGGCGGCGCGUCCACCGCACUACGCGCUAGUGUGGCGCGGAGCUUCCCUGCACGUGGCUCGGGGACGCAACAACUUGCUGCACACUCUGUUGCUGUUCCUAGCGGCGGCGGCGCGGGAGGAGCCGCCAGCGUUGGCGCGCACGCAUCUCGGUCGCGCUGGACUUAAUAUGCUGUGGAUCAUCGGCCGCUGAGUGCAGAGUGAAUAGCUGAUACAUGUUUUCUAGUUUGGAUACUGGAAGUAGAGACUGAAUUCGCUCGGCAAAAUAAAACUAUGUGUGAACAAAAAAGAAAUAACAUUUUGUUCAUGAAUUGUGACACACUUAACCUAAACUAUUGUAGUGUCAAAUACCAAGACCACUUAGGCAAGUCCAAAGCCAAGAGUAAUAUAAGCAUCAGAAAAAAAACGACUUGAAAAAGAAAAAUAUACAAAACUUAGUUAUUUCCAAUAUUUGCCAAAAAAUGCAAAUUUUCUUUUAAUUUGCUGAGUGAUAUCUGCCACUACUUUCAUUAACCUUAUAAGUACAGUAUUCGCUAAAGAACAACGGGCAUCAAAGUAUUAAAAACCCAUUUUACAGAUAUAAAAUGGACUGGAAUAGUUAGAGGACUAUAGUUUAUAUGAUAAUAAAGGUCGCACUAUUGUAUCAUAUUUUUCCAGUGUGGGUAUUGAACGUACAACCUUGUAUGCAGAAGACAGGGCCACUACCCACUAAGUCACUUGGUCAUCAAAUUAUAACUAUUCAUAUAAUUGCAUAUAAUUAAAGCAAUGGUUUGUUAGAUAUAUCGCAUUAUUAUCAGCUUUUUGAGUGACCUUGACCUGUAACUUUUUUUAACUACCACAGUAAAAAAAUAUACAUAAAAUUAAAAGUGUGAUUCAAUGUAAUAUCGUUUGUAUCGUUAAAACAAAUCGCGUCAUGUGUCCAUAGCCCUUUCCAGUCCGUUAUAAUAUCGUGCAUAAUUUAAACCCAGUCGGUAUAAGAUUUUUGAACAUUGCACAGCUAUACGCCUCAUGUUCAGAGCGGACUAGAUGUUUGGUUUGCUUGCGUUUACUAUAACUGUGUUUUAUUUCUUUCAAAUCCAUGACUAAAAUUAGAACCAUGGAAAGAUGAUAAUGUUGUUUAAACUUGUUGGUUCUAUCUUAUUUAAGAACCUAUUGUGUGGUUAAUUUAUGGCCUCAGACCAAUUACCUUCCAUAGGACCUGCAUCGCUAGAGAUUACCCCUCUGUCAAAACUAUAUGAUCGUGAUCAAACGUGUUCAUACAAAAAGGCAUUUAAAGAAUCAAUGUUUCAUUGUGUUAAAAUUACACGUGUGUAAUGUGUAUUACAGUUCAAAAUGUAUAGUUGUGUGUAGCGUAAGGACACAGGACAUAUAUUUUCGAUAUGUGAAUUUGCUUCAUCCCCCUCGUAAAACGACAGACAAUUUUUUUUGGUGAAUUUAAGUAGAAUAUAUAGAUAGAAAUCCAAUAGAAAGUAAUUGGUCUGAGUUUAUUGACCGCGCACACAUUCGCAUUACUAAACUUGUUGAUUGUAUGUUUAAGUACCUAUUGUGUGCAGUGUGGCUAACUAAGGGCGCGGUCAAACAGAAAGCGUUAAUUGGGCCUAAAGGUAGCAUUCCGAUCAUGGCGACCGCGACCAGGUCGCACGACCCACUCCUUAGUAUGAAUUUAUAUGGAGCACUAAACAAAAAUGGUCGCGCGACGCGGUCUCGGGCUUUGUUUAGUGGUCCAUAUAAAUUUAUACUAAGCAGUGGGAUGCCCCGUCGCAGGUCGCGGUCGCCAAGAACGGAAGGCAACCUUAAGAUGUGCACCCCGACAUUUCGAGACGAGAGAAAGACAAAUGGCGAUCAACAGCACAAAUAUCGCUCUCUCGCCUUACGAAGCAAAAGAGAAAGCGAUAUUUUAACUCCGCCGCUAUUGGUCGACAGUGUUUUUUUUCUUUUCACGAAAUAUGUCGAUGACGCAUGCUAGGCCUACGAGUGCUCUAUUUUUUUCUGUAAUGUAUGUAACUUAUGUAUGAAGCAGAUACCAGGCAGCAUACUCUAGUCGCCUGCUAAAAAUGUAUAAGUCUGAAUUCAGAACUCUUUACAUCUGCGCGGGUUCACGUUGUAAUAUGUGACAUAGUCAAACGCUACCACGCUUUGAACAACCUGACCACAGACUUUCAAAAUUAGUUCGCUUCAAACUUUAGACUGCUCGGAAGUUAGCUGAGGUUUCACUGCGCGGAAGUACUACAUAAACACCACGACUGCGGGUGGGAGAGAAGAGUUCCCAGAUUGAUGCUCGCCGCUACGUUGCUACGCUCCCGUUGAUACCUAAAAAUUUGUAUUGCAUAUCUCAAAGCACAAUAUUCCGAGGCAAUAUAAAGUUUGAAACGAAUUAUAAUAAAAUAACUGACAUUUAAUACAAUAGUUGUUUUUUAUUAUAAGAAUAAAUCAUCAAAUGCUGAA